GGUUGACCGCUUCAGUCGAUAGGGCACAUCUGCCAAGCUCAAUGAAAUACCUCAUAAUUCUAACGUGUUCGUUUUCGUUGGCUGUUUGGGGAUGUCAUGGAUCUAAAAUCAUUGCGGUGUUCCCCAGCAUCAGCAAGACAAACUAUAUAUUCGGUCAAGUUCUGUUCGAAGAACUUGCAGCCCGGGGUCAUCAGCUAACCGUGAUCAGUCCGUUCGAGAUCAGCUAUGGCAGUGACAAUAUCAGACAGAUCAGGUUAACCGGAAUGGUUGCCCAUCUCGCGGAUUACGAAAUAAACCAAAAACCGUUCACCAAAUGGGACAAAAUGGACCUUUGCGGAGACCGCAACCUGAUUCACGGCACUGCAGCGAUGACUGAUUACACGUUGGGACAUCCGGAUGUCCGGAAGCUGCUCGAGUCAGACGAAACGUUCGAUCUGAUGAUAUUGGACCACACAAUGGCGGACAGUUUGUUGGGCUUAGCUCUCCACUACCGGAUUCCCGUGAUCGUGUACAGCUCAACCGGUCCGAAUAGAUUCACCAACGAAAUGGCGGCGUGCCCGCAUAACCCAGCAUACAAUCCCGUCAGCUCACUUGGAUAUUCAGACAGAAUGAGCUUGUCAGAGCGCUUGUGGAAUACCUUUGCCUCGAUAUGCGAGCAACUCAACUACAAGUACUUAUACCUACCGACCCAAGAAACCAUAUAUCGGAGACAUUUUCCUGCUGCCCACUUCCCCCCGUUGCUUGAUCUCAUCCACAACGUCAGUCUUGUGCUGGUCAACUCACACCCGGUGAUCAACUAUCCAAGACCGCUGGUUCCGAAUAUGGUUGAAAUUGGGGGUGCUCAUUUGCGCCGUUUUGAGGAAAGCGGGCUUUCGGAAGACCUUAUCGGUUGGCUCGAAGCUGCCAAAAAAGGUGUCAUUUACUUCAGCCUGGGAGCGAACACAAAAUCUAUGGAUCUACCAGCGAACGUUCGGCGGGCCUUUACGGGGGCCUUCGGCCAACUUCCGGGAACACUGAUUAUUUGGAAGUGGGAGAAUAUAACGCUGGAAAAUCACACUACCAACGUUAUACUUGGGCCCUGGAUGCCCCAGCAAGAGCUGCUGGCACAUCCGAACGUGAGAUUGCACAUCACCCAUGGAGGCUCACUGGGCAUGAUGGAAUCGGUGUACCAUGGGAAACCAAUUCUAGGGUUACCGUUCACCGGUGAUCAGCAGACACUGGUCGAUCGGGCGGUGGAGUUCGGAUAUGGGUUGAAGCUGGACUAUCAAAAUAUUUCGGAAGAUGUCGUGCUGGAGUCGAUCAAACGAAUAAUGCUGGAUUCUAAAUUUAGGGAGAAUGCUCUUGAAGCCUCAAGGCUAUUUCGGACGCAACCGAUCAAACCAAUGGACAAGGCUGUUCACUACAUCGAGCUUGUUCUGAACAGUCCAAGAGGAUUGAACCAUCUGCGAUCUGCUGCUUUGAAUUUGGCAUUCUGGGAACGCCAGCUGGUGGAUGUGGUAUUGUGUUGUAUUGGCAUUUUGCUACUGCCGGUGGCAGUUUUUGCUGUCGUGAUACAGAUCAUUCUACGAAAAACGCAUCAAAGAAAAUCGGACGCAAUUAGGAAAAGCACAAUGAUCAAGAAGACUAAUUAA